AUGCAGAUCUUUCUGCGUGGCCUCUCAGGGCGUACCCGGGUUCUCGAGGUGGACUCUGCAUCUAGCAUCGCGGACUUGCAGCUCAGGGUCCAGGACGUGGAGCAUGUCAGCCCUGCAGACCAGGUCCUGGUGGCCGGAGGUCGCCUGAUGAGCGGAGACCAUACGAUAGAAAGCUCGUCUCUGAGCCACGGAUCAACGCUGCACCUCUCUAGCCGCCUGCGUGGGGGGGUGCCUGUGAAGGUGAAGAUCAUCACCCCCCACCUGGCCUGCGGGAAUGAGGUCACCAUUGAUCUGGAGCCCACAGCAACCAAGGAUGAAAUUAAGCUGAAGCUGGUGGACGCCACUGGAGUUCCGUUUGAGCACCAGAAGGUUCUGCUGUCUGGGAUUAACCAGAUUGCCCUUGGCGACAAAAGGACUAACAUCGGGUUUGCUUCGUGCGGGAGUGCAAAUGGUGUGCAAAUGGCUGUCAAUGCCAAGUGA